GCAAACCGAACUCCGAGCGGACAUUAAUUCCACCAUUCGGGGGUGUAGGGACAACUUAUAGUAUUUACCCAAAAAAAAUCAAUAUAAAUAAUGGUGACCCAUUAUUUAUUAUAUGAAAAUUGUCUCGCGGGACAAAAGACCCAGAAUCUCACAGCGGUCGCCGGUCGCAACCCAACAGUGGGCGAGAGUGGCCUUCUUUCUUCUUCACUAGGCGCCGGUACACUAACAGACAGUACAUGCCAAGCAAUGCGGAGCCUACGACGCCGUUUCCACUUUCAUUCUUCUUCUUCUUCUUCUUCACAUCGCAUUUUGUUUGCACUACUUACAGUUCUUGUAUCACAGGCGCUUCAAGCAGCCUCACUCGUGGCGCCGAGAUCCAAUUGCUACGCUUUCGAUAACUCUAGCCGCGUCGUCGAUUUUAGUAGUUGGAUUGGACAUCCGUUUGAGUACGACGGGAAGGACUCCGACUUGGUGCUUCGAUUUUGCAAAGAUGUGGAGAGUAGAUCACAAACGGGAUAUGUAGAUUUUGGUCGAUUUGAUAAGUUCAACUACUUUGUUUCUGGUUCAGGACACGUUGACUUUGUUCAAGGGUUUUAUAAUGGCGACCUGGCGAAUUGUGAGCACAGUUAUGAUAAAUUGGGACGAACAGCUCAGGUAAACAUCAUAUGUGGAAGUUGUUUAAAUGGCCAAUGCACAGGUGGACUUGGAUGCAUCUGCAAAGUCACUUAUGAGUCGAGUUGCAGAGUUUUUCUCGAACUAGCUAUUCCAUGCGAGAAACCAGGACCACGAGUAUUUAAGGGCUUCACUGUAGGUUUCCAUCCACGGUCAUGGGAACUUGUUUAUGAUGGCAUGACUCAAUUGGGCUAUGAAAAGUCUCACCAUGAGUUUAGCUUUGGGACUGAGCAGACACAUGUAACGCUUUAUAUGACUGCAAUUGCUUCCCUUUCGACUUUGGUGCAAAGACCUGUUAUUAAGGUCUUACCAGAAAAUGGUCUGGAGGUUAAGGUAUCAGGGUCGGGAGCAACUGGGAGCCCUCCUACAACUUUGUCACCCACAAUGUUAAAUGUUGAUUGGAGAUGUGAAAAGGCUCGUGAUACUCCAUAUGAAGUUAAUAUCACUAUCCCAGUAGAGGGUUACGAGCCCAUCCAGUUUUUUCUUGCCAAACUGUGUGAAAACAGGCAGAACCAAAAUGGAAACAGUGCACGGGGAUGGGCUAUAUUUGGGGUGUUAUCCUGCAUAUUCGCUGUCUCAUCGACCCUGUUUUGCUGUGGAGGAUUUAUUUACAAGACUCAAGUUGAAAGGAAGCGUGGGAUUGAUGCAUUGCCGGGAAUGACAAUUCUAUCUGCUUGUUUAGAAACUGUGAGUGACGGAGGGCACAGCUACACCCGACCAGAAGACCUUAAUACUACUUUUGCCAGUGAAGCCUCUUGGGAACGCUCUUCUGCUUCUAGUCAAGGAACAUCAAGGCCGAACGAAAGAAAAUACGGUGCAAUUUGAACGUUACGAACCAGUGAGCCGCAGCUAACUUGUAUUAGUACACGAAAUGUGAGGGUUUUGAAGUUAUACAACCUGUUUGUCUUUUGACGAUACCAAAUUUCAUAGCAUGUAAUUUUGGAUGUUGUAAUCUCAAGUUAUCAGCUGAAAUCAAUAUAGAUCUCUUGCUCAUUAAUUUGUCAUCUGCGACUUGGAAAGCUAUUAGCAAAGUUGCUAAGGGAUAUACGAGCUAUGAUGGCAUAUGCUCUUUUCUUUGAGGCCUGUAAGAUGUCACUUGCAAAUUUACAAAUGAGGAAUCAGAGCCUUAAAGGA